UGGGAACUCCGGAAGCCACCCAAUGUCUCCGAGGCUGUGAGUGCACUCAAAGAUAUCAAUACCAUGCUGAAGCCACCACAAAACACUGGCCACAGCUAUAAGGACACUAAGCUUGAAAACUGGACAAAACUAUGGCUUGAAUCAAUGACAUCAUUUCUCACCCAUUACACGAACCCCUGCUCUACUGGAUAUCAGGCUUGGAUGGCUGCAUCAUUGUUGACAGCAAAUGGGAAAGGAAGGUCAAGUUGGUGGACACAGGAACUUCGAGAGGCAACCAAAGCCUAUGUGCAGAAUCAUAAUAAUGUCCCUGUCAAUCCAUUUGGUUGGAGACAUGGAUUGUCAUGGCUCGAUGAUCCUGACAUUGCUAAUGAGAUCCAUGAGCACCUUCAAUCCAUUGGCACUUAUGUCCAUGCGGAAGACAUUGUUACAUAUCUGGAUAAUGAGGAAGUAAAA